CUGAAGCUGUCUCCGUCCCACUUCCACAGUCAUCAUCGAGGGCACAGUUGCACGCGAGAAGGCUUGAAGAGGCGCCCAGCCGAGCGAGGAAGACGAAGCACAAGAGUUUUGAGGGUUGAUCAUCGGCAUCGAGAGAUCAUCGAGAGACGCAGCGCAGUCGCAGCAGCAGUAGCAGCAGCAGAAGCAAAAGCAGCGGGGAACGAUGGCGAUGAGAGUUAUGGCCCGGCGCUUCGUCGCCCAGGUCGAGAGCAGCUCGCUGCGAUCCAGCAUGCGUCAGACCAGAUUUCGCAGCGACAAGAAUAUUCUCAGCGAGGAGGAGAAGGCCGCCGAAAACAUUUACAUCAGGAGAAAGGAGCAAGAGCAGGCUGAGAAGCACGCACGCAAGGGGCUCACAGAUGCAACUCCUCCACCAGUCAGUCCCGUCACACCAGCCAAGGCUGAGACUCCAGCUGCGACACAAGAAGGCAGCUACCGCAACACUGCCGUUGUUGCAGGAGUGAUUGCUGCAGCUGCCGCAUAUUGGCUACUUUCUGGUUCUUCGAAGAAGGAAGAGAAGGAACACUAAGUGUAGGGAUUGUGUAGAGCCCUUCGAUGGGACUCAGAUAAUUACUGGCUAGGCCCGUUAAAACGAACGUGCCAUUUGUACAGUUUAACAGUUACACUCCUGAGUUUGCAAAAAUCUCAAGGACUCACCCCAAUUCAUAACCAUGUAUUGAGUCUCACCAGCAUGGACAUCGGCUUUCUGGUGAGAUGAACAUUGUGGACUGAUCUGGUGUGUUUGUUCUCUGCCUGGAGUUGAAAUAAGGGUUAAAUAUGUUUGGUUUCAUGUGGAUUUGAACACGUCGUCAUGGUCAGUAGCUGAGUUCGUCAGUAAU